AUGUUGAGUUUUGAAGAAAGAUUAGCAACCUUUCAAAACUGGCCACGAAAAUUUACAGAAACUUUUAUAAAUAAUUUGUGCGUGUUAGGUCAUUAUUCAAUUAGAGAACUAACUGAAGGCUUCAUCACUAAAUGUAUAUACUGUGAUUCUGAACACAAUAAUUGGGAUAUAAAUGAUGAUCCAUUUACAGAACAUAAGAAUAGUAAUUGUCCAAUCUUUUCUUUACAUACAAAAAUAGGAAGAGAGAAAGUAAACAGCCUAACUAAUUUCAGCUGCUCUUGUAAAGCUAUUUGUAUAGAACUGAGAAAAAACACAAAAUUUAUAUUUUGUCCAUCAUGUGGAAAAAACAAAGAAUUCAGUGAUAUUGAAAGUGCAUUAGUCCACAGUUGUUGUGACUGUGUUUCAGUUAAGAAAAUCACAGCUAAAUCAAAUAAUUACUAUGUUGACUUUUUUAAGGGAAGAUACAACUCAAUGAUUCUUCAGUAUUUAAAUCCAAAAUCUCUAUCAAUUAAUGAAUCAGAUUUAGACUUAAUUGAAUACGUUGUAUCAAAUUCUAAUACUUCUUUAUUAAGUCCUGCAAUUGAAUCAAUUGAAAUUGGUUUAAAUAAAUUAGCAAAAGAAAUUGAAUCUGAAUGUGUAAAGAUUGAAAAAGAAAAAAUUAGUAAAAUUGAAUUGGUUUAA